AUAUUCAAUUGUCUUACAUUUCAAUGCAGUGGCUAUAUGUCUCCAGAAUACGCAAUGCAAGGACUGUUUUCCGAUAAAUCUGAUGUGUUUAGCUUUGGAGUUUUGCUUCUUGAGAUAAUAAGCGGACGACGAAAUUCAAAAUUUUAUGAUUGCGAGAAUUCUCUAACCCUUUUAGGAUUUGUGUGGAUACAAUGGACAGAAGACAAUAUUUUAUCUCUCAUAGAUCCAGAAAUAUAUGAUCCUAUCCAUUAUAAAUAUAUGUUUAGGUCCAUACACAUAGGACUUCUGUGUGUACAGGAAUUUUCCAUAGACAGACCAACUAUGGCUGCUGUAACUUCAAUGCUUAAUAGUGAGAUUUUAGAUCUUCCUCCUCCAAAGAAACCUGCAUUCAUACUGAGACAGAAUAUGCUAAGCUCAUUGUCGUCUGACGAGAACAAUGAUGGCUUGCAUUCUAUCAACUUAGUCAGUAUUUCAGACCUCCAGGGAAGAUAGACAACUAAGAACACUAUAUUAUUGUCUUUUGAGGAAAUUAAGAUUAUGUUAUUUCAUUA